GUUACUGCUGACGUUUGUCGUUGAACCAGUACAUAUUGCUUAGCUAAGUUUAGAUUUUGUGAUUUUUUUUUUUCUCCUUUCUUUGUGAUUAGUAGCCAUGGGUAUCUCUCUUUCUCACGGUCUGACUUUAUUGGUUUCAUUGUAGUGCUUGUGCACUGGUUGUCUGAGUUUUUGUGGUCAUGGUGCUCAUACCAUCACAGACUGAGUGUAUGAAAGGAGGCUUCCUGUCUUUAACACAGUAUAGAGAGUCUGGUGUUCUCCUUUUGAGCAUUUGAUAGAACUUUCAGCAGUCUAUACAGUAUGAGUUUCACAUACUGAAACUCUGUGUGGGACAGAUGAAUGGAAUUACUGCAGCUCUCUCUAGUUCUACACAGUGAAACCUCUCCUCUCUGCUCUGGCUGUAGAGUACGUGCCAAGUACUUAUUUAGUUCGCAUCUAGCCGACUUGCCAGGGGACACCUUUUGUACAGCCCUGAGCCGUUGCCUAUUGAAGAGUGUGCGCUUAGGUUUGCUUUUGGCCACUGUGGAAGAGCACAGAAGCUGAAGGAUUAAAAACGAGCUCCAGAUAUUUUGAUGCUGUAGGCGCCGGGAGGGUCAUCGGACACGGCCAGUUUGUAGUUUCUAGGGCGAUGGUAACAAAGCGUGUUUGGCCCCUGGAAUGCCAGUGAAGUGUGUGUGUGUGUGUGUGUGUGUGUGAGACAGACUAAAGGAGAGUGAAUGAUCAGAGCUUGCCAGCUCUGAUAACAAGAGCUUGGUGGUGAGCGGUAAGCUAAGGUCUGGCCGGUCUCAGCCGUGGAGCUACCAGGAGAAUGCUGCAGCCUGGCUGGAAUGUCUGCACUGUUGUGUUUUUUGCUCGGAUCAAAGGAGCGCAAUGCGCUGGAUUAGGAAACGAUCUUACUUCGGAGAAGAGCCUGAAGUCUCCAGCCAGUUCCCUCAGUUCCUUCGCUGAACGAACAGUGGUCUUGUGCCACUGUUUGCUGCCUGUGGACAAAUGUGGAGAGGAAUUAAGAACAGAUGCCCUGAUUGGCAAGAGGAGGUUCGGCAGAACACUGUCCGAUGGAAGAAGAGGUUCUCCUUCGUAUGCAAGAUGAGCGCCAACCCCAAUACCGGCAUCCUGGACCCCUGCAUCUGCAGAGUCUCUGUACGGAAGGAACUCAAGGGGGGAAAAGCAUAUUCAAAGGGUUUUGGGAGAAGCUCUGUUUCAGCACAUUUCUUGAGUAUUGGUGCUCUUCUCAGCUGGGCUUUGCUGAUCUGAACAUGGCGGAGUUUGCAGGCUCGGGCUCCACCGUACGCUGCAGCCUGCUGGAAGGCUACAACACCAAGAACACCCGACAGGACAACUCCAUCUUAAAGGUGACCAUUGGGAUGACCCUCUUAUCUGCAGACCCAUGUUUUAAAACUCCUCCCAAUACUGCCAGGUCCAUUUCUGUGCCUGGUCGUGAGCCCUCUCUUCAGCUGGACUGUAAAGGAGAGGGUACAGAUAUGGCGGCUACACCACGGCUAACCAAACCAAAGAUGUCCAUUUUCAGCUCGGGUCUGACAGAGGAGGGGGACCAGAGUCGGUCUAGCCCAGACGAAUCCUUCCACAACGGACAUUCACGCAACUCCAGUUACGCCAGUCAACAAAGCAAGCUGUCAGGUUACAGCACAGAACAUUCUUGCUCGUCCAGCCUGUCGGAUCUGACCCACUGCAGGAACACCUCCACGGGCAGCAGCGCGAGUGGAGAUGCCCCGUCGGAGAGCGACAGUCGCCCCGAGAGGCCCCAGCGACCCCCUCGCCCUCUGCUCCCCUCCAUCAGAGCCCCGAGAAGGAAGCAGGACUCGGUGGAGAGCCAGCCCACCUGGGUCAACGACACGCGCAUCGACGCCGAUGACAUCGUGGAGAAGAUAGUUCAGAGUCAGAACUUUGCUGACAUCAGUAACAAUGAAGACAGCAAUCUGAGACUAUUUGUCAGUAGAGAUGGGACUACAGCAUUAAGUGGAAUUCAGCUGGGAAACAGGGUCUCUGCUGGUGUGUAUGAACCAGUGGUGAUUGAAAGCCACUAGAAGCGCGAGGGCUGGACGUCCUGCUUCAGGUCCAUUUCCUGCGCCACUAAAGACCUGAGGCAAACAUGGACUCCUGACUCUUGACUUUUGUUUGUUUAUUUUGCCGUUCUGCACUACUGGAAGAUGUGUGCCCGUGUAAGACCUUCCACGGCUCACAGAUGAAUCCCAGCCGCGGCUUUAGUUGGCCUGUUGCCUGCGUGUGUAAGGUCCCCACCUCCAUUUUCAUAAUUGCUUUGACACUAUUGCACAAGAAAGAGUUUGAAGGGGGCUGUGGAACUUGACACCAUCACUACAACAUUGAAACCAAACUUGUUCUUUAAACGUGUAAGCCACUACCACUGAUGAGGUUCGAGAUCUGUGGCUCUGUCAUUUUCUGUGUGUGUGUGUGUGUGUGUGUGUGUUAAAGCCCACAUCUUUAUGCACUGUAUGUAACUGUGGUAGGGUUUUAAUAUCAGAAUUGAAUCUUGAGUGUGUUCCACAGCUGUAAAUGGCUUACAUUUUGAAAAUUGUCGAGGUUUGUUAUCUUUUUACGUUUCUAUGGAAUAAGUUACCCCGACCCCAACACCAGCUGGAGCAGACACACCCUGCAGUGUGUGCCGAGGCUGUCUUGGUCAUAAACACUAAAUCACAAUUCUUACCAUGAAGCAGUUUGUUUAUUUGGAAUUGGCUUUUGGCAGUAUUCCUGGAGUACCAGCUGGCCUGAGUACUGUGAGAGGACAAACAGUGGCCUGAAGUCAGUGAAACAGAGGGUCUCCUAUCUGUCUCAGAUCAGAGCACAUGUGUCUUCUGUUGUUGCUUCUGAACUGGCAUUGUAUAGAAGAACUUUAGUGUUAUGCCUUGAAAUGAGUGCUAACGUACAUCAAUGCAUAGAAUUCAUAGGAGGUUUAUGCUUAGUAAACAUCUGUGCUGUUGAUGCUUAAAUGUGCCAUGUUGAGUUUAACAACAAAACCCAUUGGCAGGAUAUUACUGUGCAUAGCUCCUUGUCCUGCGUGAACUGCACUUUACAUCAAACACAUUUUCAAUAACAGACGAGCGAUAGGGUGACGCAUUAGACUUUCUGAGCUAUUUCAUUAGAUAUCGAGUACUCCUUAAAUGUUCUUUAAAAGCAGCAAGUGGCUGGUCCAGUCAGACUGCUGUUAGAGGACUACAGACACAUUUGAAAAAAGUUAGCGUUCUUUGACCUCUUUUGUCAUUUAAUGUGGGGUAAAAGACUGACGCUGGGUCUUUGUCUAUAAAACACUAUAUAGUAGGUCUAAUUACAUCUAUACACUAUGCAGCACUUUUGUAUUAUUUUCAGACUGAGCAAGCUCUCGAUCAUUUAACUCUCACCUAGCUUUUAAACCCGAUUCCAUUUCCAUUUCAAACCAGCUGGCUGGUUCUAUAGUUCCACAGACACUAAAAAGCCAUUUUUGGGUUUGACCUCAUCGUGAACAGUAGUACAUUUUGAAGGUUUAUGUGAGCUGUUUUAAGGUCCAGUGUGUUUGUGUUUUGAAAACUGUGACUUGCUUCUCAUAGUAUAUGGUGCUGUUAUUAUGGACUGACAGCUUUGGGAGUUCUCUUGAUUGUUCAUCUUGUAGUUUAUUUUAAGGUAGGUGUCUUCAGUAAGCACUUCAGUCAUAUAGUGAUACUGGAAGUAAUUCAUAUAACAUCACAUUGUAAGUUUCUCUGUUUUAUUACAAAUGGAUGGACCUGGCCUUCUGUCCUGUUGUCGUCAGUUAGGAUGUGUGAACACUGAGGCAUGUCUUUAACACUAGCUUUCUUUGUUAUAAGGUAUCUUUUCUGGAUGCUAAGUCUAAUGCUAACUAUUCAUAAUGGAAGAUCUUUAGUUGCAGUGUUGUUUGGUCCAGGACUUGGUUUUAGCCUGAAAAACUGGCUCAGAGAACACUAAUCAUUUGGGAACAUUGGAGUCUACAACAUUAGAGAACAUUUGGGUUUACGCUGGACUCCUAUGGUGAAAUGAUAUUCAUUUACACAGCACUAUGCACAAAUUGUUUUUGGUUUUUUUUAAAGAUUUUUAUUCAUUUGAACUCUGGUCUGGAAUGGGUUUAGAGCCAUGCAUGACCACAGCAUAUUUCCAACACAUAAGCUAACAUUUCUGCAACCUGUGUUAAUAAAAGAUGCAUAACUCGAAAGAUUUCUAUCACAUGUAUUUCUAUAUAGCUAUUUUUGUGAAUCUCCCAAAUGUUUUUCAUCAAUAAAGUGAAAUCCUUUUCCCAGCA